UCUUGAAUAUCUGUGGUACAGAAUAAAGUGACAAGUAAAAGCAAUAUAUAGAAUGGCUCUAGUUUCCGGAGGAAGGUCGAGAUUGAACCCAAAUGCCCCUCUCUUUAUUCCGGCUGUUUAUCGCCAAGUGGAGGAUUUCUCACCGGAAUGGUGGCAACUGGUUACAACAUCAACAUGGUACCGGGACUAUUGGAUGAACCAGCACCAGGAUGAGGAUGGUUUCUAUAACUAUGCCGAGGAUGAUGGCACCAACAUUGCCGAUUUGCUUCCCGAUACCUUCGACCUUAUUGCCGAUGAAGAUCUCUUCGAUAUCAAUCUUCAGUUGGAUGAAUUGGUCCAGUCUUACGAAAUGGAAAGCACAUCACCUCCUUCGCUGUCUAAUACCGGGUUUGAGAAGGAAGGUGAAACUGUGAUGAAGAAUCUGAGGUUGAUGCAAUCAAGUGAACCCUAAGAGCAACUGCUGCCGCUGAAAGAAUCCCGUUAUCUAUGCAGGUUACAGUCUCUCAGGCACGACGGUGGUGUAAUUUCCAGUUAGUUUAACUGUAACAUCUAAAGAGCAAGGUCAUAUAGCUCCUGCAUCAGUCGUUGUUCAUGUUUCUAGUUAGCAGAAAAUUGAAGAACAAAAGUGUAAGAAAAAUUGUAAAAUUUUUUAAAA